AUGGUUCGUUCCCACCAUACUGUUUUUUCAGGAGAGAAGGAAAUUGUCGGGACCUUGAUGGGAUUCGAUGAUUAUGUCAACAUGGUUUUGGAGGAUGUGGUCGAAUACGAGCAGACCCCGGACGGUAAACGAGUGACGAAAUUGGACACGAUUUUGUUGAAUGGAAACCACAUAACGAUGCUUGUACCUGGUGGCGAAGGACCAGAAGUCUGA